AAGUUUGUCAUUUGUCUUUAAAUUUACUAUAAAAAGUUAAUUAAAAUGACCUUUCUUUAUUAGAAAAGGUGACUUGAACUUGCUGUUGCACCAUCCCAAGAAAACACGACUGCAGAUGGCGACGGUGAUCAAACCAAGCCGGAGCGAUGAAGUAGUUGACCCGGAAGAGCAACUCCGGAUCACCCAUGAAAUCAAAACCCGGUUUGAGUCCAUGGCUCCUAAGAGACCCAUCAAGCCCAAUCGAAGUGAGCCCGAUCCUGACGCCUAUCUGGCCUAUCAAACCCACUCAGACCCCAUACCCGAGCUUCAGAAACUCAUCUCCUUCAAAUCUGAUCACAAUCAAGUAGAUUUAGGAACAGCAACAGGAGGAGAGUUGGUGGUACAAGAAGAGUUUAUUGAGACCCAAUAUUACAAACAGUUGGCAUCCAUUGAUAAACAGCAUCACACGACAGGGACUGGAUUUAUAAGGGCCGUAAAAGAAGAUACAGAAAAUAGAGAGAAUUAUGAAUUGCCAAGAUUGUAUGAAAAUGGAGGAGAAAAAAAGGUGGGAGCUUUAUCUGGGUGCAAGAGCAACCCUGCAACUAACGAUUGGAUUCCAAAUGUUGAUCAGAUUGAAUACGUCUCCACGAAGCCUAGUCGCAGUGGUUAGGGAGAUCAGAUGGACCUUGACAUGUUUAAGGGAUAUUAUUGCUAAUAACCUUGUUUUCUUUAAUAUGAAAAAGACUUAUUUUGAAUGAUAAUUUAUACUCUCUCUUAUUCCAAUUAAAUGUUAUAUUAUUUUUUACA